UAUAAAUUCAGAAGUUCAGGCUGUGGACUACAUCAUUUAGGUGUGAUCACUUUGAGACAAAAGUCCGGGACUAGAUCAUCAAGAUGAAGACGCCCUUUGUUCUUCUCGCUGUUCUCUUUAUACAAGCGGAGGCAUUCACGGUGAAAGAGCAACGGUAUUUCAACUUUGUAAUAAUGAACAAUAAAAUCAACAAGAUUGCUAAUAAUGUCACUACCUACCUUGAAUCUGUUAAUGACGAUGUUUAUCAAUUGGCUUUGAAUUUCCACGCCAACAUGAGCGAGAUUCGAGAGAAAUACGGACCCAUGUCAUAUGACUAUUACGAUCGCAAGUACUCACGCCUAGCUCAUGAGUUCGCUACUAAGAUGAGCCUGAGCAGGGACUGCGCAGGAUACGUAGCGGACGUUCUCGCCAAUAAUGAGAAGUAUCAGAAUAUUACGUCCGAACUCCUGGAUUCAAUUUUGCAUUAUUUCAAAAUUGAGUAUGAGAAAAUCUACGCAAAAAUGAUAGACAUCAGAAAAGCGCUCACCGAAGAAGAAGUCGACGCUUUUAAGUGCUCCACUACAUUCACCGGCGGUGAUAAGGACGACCAUUGGAAUUGUGCAGAAAGUGUACGUAUUAUAUCAUUUUACCGAUGA